AUGAUAGAAGAAGUUAGGACGAGACAGGAAAUAAACUCUGUUUGUGUUAGAAGUGUGGGAUCAUCAAUGACAGCAAAAUAAAAAGCUUAAUUAAAAAAAAAAAACUGGUGGUCGAGGAAGACGUGGAGGAAGAAGAGUGGGGUUGACGUGUCGUGUAGAAGAAGAAGAAGAAGAAGAAGUUAGAUUGAUUGGAAGAGGGAAGCAUGGGAUUAUCCUUAAACCUCAAGCAAAACUCAAAGGAGUCCUGAUUGAGAAACUUUAUUUCCAGUUCAAUCAUAUGGACUCCUUUAAAUCUUGUUUUAUGUUUGGUCAUCUUGAAUUUUUAUUUGUAGUUGCAAAGGCAAUACAUAUGUGAAUAUCAAAUGGUUUCUCCCCAAUGGAUUGUUCUCACUGCAAUUGCCUUGUGGAUUAUUAAAUAUCCAGAGUUCAAGGAUUUACCUCUGUGAACUAUCUUGUUUUUUUUUUUUCUUUUUCUUUUUUGGAGUAAUUAAAGAGCACUUGAAGGGUGACUUUCUAUUUUUUUGUAUGAGUGGAUUUUCUUUUCAACAUCGAAGGGAUUUGGACAUCUUCCUAAACAUUAACCAUUUCAAAAUGUCAUGGGACAAAGGCCAUUGUGCAGAAAUGACCAUGGUCUGUCUGACUGAUUUUGAAGAGUAUGCUAAGCAGCAUCUCUCAAAGACUACGUGGGAAUAUUAUGCAGCUGGAGCUGAUGAAUGUUGCACAAGAGAUGACAACUUGCUGGCCUAUAAACGGAUCCGUUUGAGGCCACGGAUCUUGCGGGACAUGUCGGUCAGUGACACUCGGACCACGGUGCUGGGAACGGAGAUAAGCUUCCCAGUUGGAAUCGCACCCACAGCCUUUCACUGUCUGGCAUGGCAUGAGGGAGAAUUGGCCACUGCCAGAGCUACUGAGGCAGUGAAUUCCUGCUACAUAUCAAGCACAUACUCCACAUGUUCAGUGGAGGAGAUCUGUGCAGCAGCCCCCAACGGUUAUCGUUGGUUCCAGCUCUACUUGUACCGUGACCGUAAACUGUCAGAGCAGAUUGUACACAGAGUGGAGGGGCUUGGCUAUAAGGCUCUGGUGCUUACAGUGGAUGUGCCCUACACUGGCAAACGACGCGAUGAUUUCCGCAACCAGUUCAAGCUCCCACCACACCUGAAGGUUAAAAAUUUUGAUGGAAUGUUCCAGCAACAAGCAGGCUCCCAGGAGGUAUAUGGCACCCCAGCCAACACCUUGGACCCAUCAAUUAGCUGGAAGGAUGUGUGCUGGCUCAAGUCCUUAACACAGCUGCCUAUAAUCAUCAAGGGCAUCCUCACUAAAGAGGAUGCAGAGCUGGCUGUAGAGCAUGGGGUCCAGGGCAUUAUUGUGUCCAAUCAUGGGGGCCGACAACUUGAUGGAGUGCCCGCAACGAUAGAUUGUCUGCCUGAGAUAGUGGACACAGUGCAGGGCCGUGUCGAGGUCUACAUGGACGGGGGGAUCCGUACGGGCAGUGAUGUGCUGAAGGCUAUAGCCUUGGGAGCCAAAUGUGUGUUUAUUGGCAGACCGGCAAUCUGGGGCCUUGCUUACAAGGGGGAGGAAGGAGUAAGAGAAGUAUUGCAGAUUCUACAUGAUGAGUUCCGUUUAUCCAUGGCAUUAUCAGGUUGCAGAAAUGUUGCUGAGAUCAACAGGAGCCUCAUUCAGUUCUCCAAACUUUGAACAGCAAAAAGAGCUAUAAUAAUAAUUUAAACUUUACAGCUGACUAGAGAACACUAAAAAGUCAAACCAUUAAGUCAAAAUGUAUUCUCAAAGUUGUGUAUAAACCACUGUUGGUGGUAGAAAUGCUUUACAAAUGAAAUGCAAUAACUACAUCUGAUUAGGAGUGCCUAAAUUCCAAAUUAUUUGCCUAAAUUGUUUUAAUGAGAAUAACAAAUUUGCUAAUACCCUCAAAAUGCCAGUCUGCUAAAUGAGCUUUUUUGCAGUCCAUGUGGUCUAUGGGAGAGAUUGAUUCACAGGACUUGGCAUGUCUGUCUGUAAUGCAAAGAGAUAUCAAAGAAUGUAAUUUGUGAAUGUGGUUUUGAAGGUUCCCCGUGUAGGUAGCAGCAAAAUAAUGUGCAAUGAGAAGUUUCAUUUGAAUUAAAAGAUUUUAUAUUUUGAAGAGAGACCUUGUAAUUGAUGGUGAAUUAAUAUUGAACAUUAAAGGAAAAAAAACUAUGCCUUUAAAA